AUGACAACUACAUGCUCAGCGCAUGAGACCUAUCACGGCUCUGGAACAACAUUGCCGGAUUCCAUUCUCAUAGUCGGGGGCGGUGUGUUUGGACUAUCCACUGCCCUUGCUCUCUCCGCUCGCCAUUCGGGCAAGAUUACCCUCAUCGAUUCGUCCCCUGCCAUCCCAAACCCUCACGGGUCCUCUGUAGAUACCUCCCGCAUUGUCCGUGCAGACUAUGUUAAGACAGCGUAUGUUACCCUGGCCGAGUCCGCUCUUGAAAAAUGGCGCAACACAGACUGGGGCCAUAAAGGCCGAUUUACGCAGAGUGGUCUUGUCCUGGUGUCAUCGGGCGACACUGCAGGCAAGCGCUAUGUGCGCGAGAGCUACGAGAAUGUUAAAGCUCUUAAUCCCAAGGCUGUCGAGGAGCUGCCUACAAGGCAAGACGUGGAAAGGGUAGUGCCAGGCUAUGGAUCUGGCCUCCAUGUAUCGGGCGGGUACGUGAAUUGGGGAUCUGGAUGGGCUGAUGCGGAAGCAUCCGUGCGGUUCGCGAAGAAGAAAGUUGAAGAGACGGGCAAGGUGGAUUUCCGUACCGGGGAGGUCAAGCGGAUCCUGUCAUCAUCAGAAAGCCAAAGGGUAUCUGAAGGUGAUCCAGGAACCGUGGGAGCCAAAGAAACGGUAACCGGCGUCGAACUGACCGAUGGCAGCACCAUCACAGCCGAUCUAGUCGUAUUAGCUACGGGAGCCUGGACAGGCCGCCUCGUCGAUCUCCGGGGAAGAGCCGAGGCCAAAGGCCAGGUGCUUGCGUACAUUCGCAUUUCCGACGACGAGCAAGCCAAGCUCGCCAACAUGCCUACCGUCCUCAACUUCUCGACGGGCAUGUUCAUUAUCCCGCCGCGCAACAACCUACUGAAGAUCGCGAGACAUUCAUACGGCUACCGCAAUCCGCAGCGCGUGGCCGUCCGAAGUAGUAACAACACCCGUACCACCACGACGGAGACGAUUGAGGUCAGUCUGCCCGCUGGCGGAGACGUGCCGAUCCCGCAGGAGGGGGAGGAGGCAUGUAGAACCGCGCUGAGAGAGAUGCUGCCCGCCUUUGCGGAGCGGGCGUUUGUGAAAACGCGUGUGUGCUGGUAUACAGAUACACCCACAGGCGACUUUCUAAUAACACACCACCCACACUACGCGGGCCUCUUCCUCGCAACCGGCGGCAGCGGACACGGGUUUAAAUUCCUCCCCGUGCUCGGGGAGAAGAUCGUCGAUGCGAUACAGGGCCGUUUGGACGUGGAGUUGCAGGAGUUAUGGGAGUGGCCCAGGUCUCCUUCGUCUGACACUGCUGAUGCUCCCUGUGCGAUUGUGUGGACGGAAGAUGGGAGCAGGUCUGGGUCCAAGGGGCUGAUUUUGAUGGAUGAGUUGGCGAGGGGGAGGAUGAUGGAUUCCUGA